AAAUCAAGAAAGAAAGUGUGUAAAUAAGUGUUGAGAAUGGCGGCAAAUGUUUAAUAAGAGGAAGAAAGGGAAAUGCAACUAAAUAUGAAGGCAUUUAUUCCAUGGUUGUACUAAGAAGAGCUUAGCAUCAUUAACAUUUAUUGUAAUGAUGCUGUUGUUAGUUGCACCUCUUUUAAUGUUUUUGCCUUCAUCCCAACUGUCCCCAUUACCACUUCCAUCUUCUUCUUCUUCUACUUAUUACUCUCUCAUUUCUUCUUCAUCUUUUAUUUACUUCUUUCUUUUCUUGACAGUUUCUGACUCAACUGUUACAGUUGAAGUGCUUCGUGUCGAGGCGUGAGGUUAGGUGGGAGAAUGGGUACUAGUAGUGAAAUCAAGUCACCUCAAGGUCUGCCGGCCGUUUCCCCAUUGCAAAGAAUUUCGGAGUUGAGUGGAAGCAAGAAGCUCGGAAUGUACUUCAUGGAGUCCGAUAAUAGGCGUAUGGCUUUCGGGCGUGGUUAUACCGGAGGAACUACCCCGGUCAACAUUCAUGGGAAACCUAUUGCUGAUCUCUCAAAGACCGGUGGUUGGACUGCUUCCAUCUUCAUAUUUGGGAAUGAAAUGGCUGAGAGGAUGGCAUAUUUUGGGCUAUCAGUGAACAUGGUAGCUUUUAUGUUCUAUGUCAUGCAUAUGCCCUUCUCCAGUUCAUCAAAUGCAGUUAACAACUUCUUAGGGAUCUCACAAGCUUCUUCUGUUCUCGGCGGCUUCCUCGCAGAUGCCUACCUCGGUCGUUAUUGGACCAUUGCCAUAUUCACCACCAUCUAUCUUGCAGGUUUGACAGGCAUUACCCUGUGUGCAUCAAUGAGCAUUUUCAUUCCGAAUCAGCACAACUGUGAUCAGUUAUCCUUGCUUCUGGGUAAUUGUGAGCCUGCAAAAUCAUGGCAGAUGACCUUCCUCUACACGGUGUUGUAUGUGACUGGAUUUGGAGCUGCGGGUAUAAGACCGUGUGUUUCUUCUUUUGGGGCCGAUCAGUUUGACGAAAGAAGUCCAAAUUACAAAUCACACCUUGAUAGAUUUUUCAACUUCUUUUAUCUUUUUGUAACUAUCGGAGCAAUUGUGGCCUUCACUUUAGUAGUCUACAUUCAAAUAGAACAUGGAUGGGGAUCUGCUUUUGGUUCUCUGGCAAUCGCUAUGGGUGUAUCAAACACACUCUUCUUUUUAGGAACUCCCAUGUACCGCCAUAGAUUGCCCGGAGGCAGCCCCCUCACAAGAGUUGCUCAGGUUCUGGUUGCUGCCUUCCGGAAGAGAAAUGCCAGCUUUUCUAGCAGCGAAAUGAUAGGCCUCUAUGAGAUUCCCGGCAAGCAUUCGGCUAUAAUGGGCAGUGGAAAGAUAGCUCAUACUGACGAUUUCAGGUGUUUGGACAAAGCAGCUUUGCAGCUGAAGGAAGACGGUUUGAGUACAAGUCCUUGGAGGCUCUGUACAGUAACUCAAGUAGAGGAAGUGAAGAUACUAAUAAAGCUUGUUCCUGUAACAGCCUGCACAAUUAUGCUGAAUUUAGUUUUGACAGAGUAUCUCACUCUCUCAGUACAGCAGGCAUACACAAUGAACACCCAUCUCGGUCGUCUCAAACUUCCUGUAACAUGCAUGCCUGUGUUCCCCGGCCUCAGCAUUUUCCUUAUACUCUCUCUCUAUUACUCCGUCUUCGUUCCACUAUGCCGACGCAUUACCGGUCAUCCUCAUGGUGCGUCUCAGCUUCAGAGAGUAGGCAUUGGCCUGGCAGUUUCAAUCAUAUCUGUGGCAUGGGCCGGGAUUUUUGAGAAGUAUCGGAGAGACUAUGCGAUAAAACAUGGUUAUGAACUUGGUUUCUUGACACCCAUGCCAAACCUAAGUGCAUACUGGUUGUUGAUACAGUAUUGCCUAAUUGGAAUAGCUGAAGUAUUUUGCGUGGUAGGACUACUGGAGUUCCUGUACGAGGAAUCCCCUGAUGCAAUGAAGAGUAUCGGGUCUGCUUACGCUGCAGUAGCUGGGGGUUUAGGCUGCUUUGGAGCAAGCAUCUUGAACAGCAUCAUCAAAUCAGUAACAGGGAACCCUGAAAAACAACAGGCAUCGUGGUUGUCCCAGAAUAUAAAUACUGGUAGAUUUGAUUAUUUUUACUGGCUGCUAACCCUUCUUAGCAUCAUAAAUUUCUGUGUUUUUCUAUACUCAGCUUACAGAUACAAGUACAGGGCAGAGCAAAAGUUCGAAACAGGGGAACAAGUUGUGACAAUUAAAAACAGCACCCCAACAGCUUCCUAGGCAACAGGAAUUUACUUUCUAGUAUAGAGAAAUUGCCAUAGUAUCUAUUUUUCUACUUUCAUCUCCAUGUAACAAAAAAUAUGUGAAAUGCCAUUGUUUCUUUUGGGUUAA